AUUUAGGGCCCACCAUUCACCGAAGAAGCGUGCAGUAUCAACAAGAGCACCCAGGCGGCAUAAGUUCCGAUAGCUCCAGAAUCUUUUGUCUUCCGCCGCUCCUCCAAUCACGAUCACACCCUAAAGCCAAAAUUCCAAAUACCGAUAAUAGUAAACAAUAACAGAAAAAUAAAAACCAAUCUAGUAGCAGCACUAUUAAAAUGGCGAUGCUCUGAUGAUGAAAAUACGGCGAAUCACCUAACAAAAUCCGCUUCUUCUCCCCCUCGCCGGUUAACCAAAACCCACAGUUUUCCUCCGCCCCAACCACACCAUGACCAGUUCGGCUGCUCCGUCGCGCAAGGCUUUAAGCAGGAUCGCCUGUAGCCGACUGCAGAAGGAGCUCGCCGAGUGGCAGCGGAAUCCACCGGCGGGAUUCAAGCACAGAGUCACUGAUAACCUCCAGAGAUGGGUGAUUGAGCUCAAUGGAGCUCCCGGAACUCUGUAUGCGAACGAGAUGUAUCAGCUUCAAGUUGAUUUCCCUGAGCAUUACCCCAUGGAAGCACCUCAGGUGAUUUUCAUCCCGCCGGCUCCGAUGCAUCCUCACAUUUACAGCAAUGGCCAUAUUUGCCUAGAUAUUCUGUAUGAUUCAUGGUCUCCAGCUAUGACUGUUAGCUCCAUAUGUAUCAGUAUUCUCUCCAUGUUAUCUAGUGCAACUGCAAAGCAACGCCCUGUUGACAAUGACCGUUACGUGAAGAACUGCAAGAGUGGGAGGUCUCCUAAGGAGACUCGAUGGUGGUUCCACGAUGACAAAGUCUAGUUUGUUUGUUAAACAAACUAAAUGAGGACUAACAAUUACUUGCAUUACCACCUGUGUUGUGUAUACAAAAAGGACAAAGCAGAGGUUUGAUGGACUUUUGUGGUAGCGUGUGAUUGAAGGCAACAGGUUCAACAGCAGAUUUUGCUUUCUACUAGUCAUAGAGCAAUCUGUUUCUUUGUUUCCUUUCUUUUCCCGAGAGCUCUCCUUUCAGUUUAUUAAGCAACUGUCACAUUAUAUGAUUUAAGGAGAAAAAGAGAUGUGAGUUUCAUUCGUACUAAUGAACCUUCUAUCUAUCAGUAAGCAUAAUCAAGUAAUGACUAUUUG